AUGAGUCCAAUUUAUCUGGAUUUUCAAGGCACAUCAUCCAGUUCUAGUUCUUCAAACACAUCAAACACAAAUACACCGUCAAGAUUUUCGCCCUAUCAAAAAUCUAUACCAUACCAAAGAUCUACACCCAGCCCUGAUAACUCAUGCACAAUUGUUCUGAGUGACAUCCUCAAUGAAACAUCUAGAGGGAAGGGUCUUGUCGAGUUAUACAACAAGUUUUCAAAUUUCCACGAAGAUCAAAGAUAUAUUCUCAUAUCUUUGAUUGCACAAUAUUAUGAAGAGAAGGGUGUCAAGAUGUCUCUAGCUGCCAGUUAUCAGUUAGAACAACAAAUUCUGGAAAGGUUUCCAUCCGAAAAAUUGGUAAUAUGCUAUCAUUAA